CUGGCACAGCUGCAGCAGCCGGCCGCCUCGCAUGUCUCCUGUCUGUGCGCUCCUCCUGAGUGGGCUGCUAAAGAAGCGGAUAUGCCCCGGUGCCACGGGAGACUGACGCGCUCACUGUCUUCCUCUCCUCCGCUAAUGGUCCUCUUAGGGAGUUAUGGUCAGUAAGGAGGCAGGCCACUGCACUCUGUCAAGCUCAGAGUCUGACUCGGAGUCCGGUGGUCCUUCACUGGGAGGAGAGAGCGGUGGUGGCGUGGACGCUGUGCGCAAGCGAAACAAAGCCCUGCAGGUGCGCUUCAAAGACAUCUGCGAGGCACAGAAUGAGGUCGCCCACCGAAGUGCCAAAAACCGAUCAGUUUCCUGCAAGGUCAUCCACAGGCGGUACAUGACCAUGCCAGCACGCCGCUCCAUCCCCACCGUCACCAAGAGCACAGGUGUGCAAACCUCUCCAGAACUGAAGAAGCGUUACCAGACUUUCCCCUUCGAACGCAAGAAGGGGAACAUCAUUAAACACACUGCUCAGGUGGAAAAAUUCCCAGAUCACAAUAAUGGGUUCCUGAGUGACAUAAAGGGUGGGGAGGAAGGGGCACGGCAAUGUGACGGCAGGGUGCAACAGACCAGAGUACUGCUUCACAGUACGCCACAGUGUAUUGCUGCCAAGGAAUUAUGUUUUGGGCCUGACUGUCCAGACGGAAAACUCUGCCCCGAUCCAUCAUGCCAGGGCAGAGAUACAAACACAGUUUCGGAUCAGUUGGAUUCAAGGAGAGAGGGCAACAUCCCAGGGAGUGGGGCCAAGCACAAAGGAUUACCCGGUGAAAGUGAGGUAGGGGCAAGGCAGCAGUCAAACUGUGCCAAGAGUGCCUCCUCUAGCACAUCAACUCAACCUCUACAGGCCAGGGGUGACUGUUCAAAGAUUUCUGGCCCUAUCGCAUGGACAUCUUUGACACAAGUGGAAUGCCUAGAGAGUCCCACAGGAAGCUGCAAACGCAAAAAAGACUUGACGCAGUUGAACGGCUUGCAGGCACGAUCUCAGACUUUGCCGCAUUCGGCUAGCUCUGCCUCCCAGGCCCACAUGCAAUCUCACUGUCAUAGUAGUAAAAGCUCAAGUACCACCGAGUCAUGGCAGGGCACAGCGGGACAGUUGAUUGCUCUCCCUGGGGUAGAUGGGAAUGUGAAAGCCAGGCUUCAAGCCAUGGAGUCUUUGAUCAGCUCUAGUCAAGAAACCAUCAAAGUGCUGCUGGGGGUCAUUCAGGAGCUGGAAAGAGGAGAGGCGCAGCGAGAGGGACUUUCAUAUCGAACUGGACAAGAUACAGCCAACUGUGACACAUGUCGUAACAGUGCCUGCAUCAUAUACAGUGUGGAACUAGAUUUUAAACUUCAGGAGGACAAACUGCAGCCCUUAAUGAAGAGACUGUGUCCAUUAGAGGAGCUGACCUACCCCUCUCUGCCUUACACACAUGAGGUGUUCACCUCCACUCCCAAACGCAAGUCCAAGACUGAGUCCAAGAAGCACGCUCGCUGGAAACUCUGGUUCCUUUAACAUACACCUAGGAAUUUGUUUGGAUUUGGGAUCUCUGCACCAAUCAGACCACCACAACAAGCAAAUUCUUGUGGAAUUCUGCUUUUCUUAUUGGAUAAACAUGGUGACUUGGUGGCUCACUGCUAUCCACUGUUUGGAUUUUAAUAAGGAAUAACAACUGUUUUCUUAUAAUGACCCUCUAAUAAACCUUCUGAGUUUGGGAACUAUUGAAUUCACCUGCACUCACAUUUUCCAAAAGGAUUACACAGUGCUCCUUAGUUUUAGACAAGUUUGCAAGGUAAGAGAGCAGGGCUGUUCUUAGAUGCAGUGUGUAUGUUUUUAAUAAUUAUAUUUGUUUAACUCAGAGAUUUCUUUCUCCUCUCUCUUCAUUUAUCUCUUCUUAAUUUAGGGGGCCAGAAGAGCUGAAAAGAAACGUCAAAGCGAAAUGCUUGUUUUGCCACAAAACUAAUUUGGAGUCGUACAUCAAAGGCAUCUAAUCAGCAAAGCACAAACUUUUGAGAAUUAUUAAGUAGAUUUGAUACCUGAGAUACCUCUGUUUCUCUCCCAGUCUCCUCUCUUUGUUUCUGUCUUUCUUUCUUUCUUUAUUUCUCUCUCUCAAAUUUUAAAUAGAGAUGGUUUAAAUAAAAAUUGAUUAUUAUUCUAUGGCAGAAUAAAUGAAAUCAUACCUAAUGAGUAAAUGCAGAAUCUGUUGACUGCAUGCACUAUAAUCUAUGAUUUUGCAGGGAUAUUUUUCCUGGAAAAUGUUGAGGAUGCACAAUUAGAAUGUUAGCAAUGGUUAGGCUAUAAAUGUAUGAAUGAAUAUGGGUUUAACCGGUUGGUGUUCUGAAAAAAGGAAUGAAAAAAAAAAAAAGCUAAAAGAUUUAUAUAUUUAUGAAGAUAUUAACUGUGAUUGUCUUUCAAUUAUAUAGAUUUAUGUAUCAAAUAAUACUCAUAAAACAUUUUUGCAUUUCAUUUCCUGAGACAGAAGUAUUCACAGUAAAAUUCACAGUAAAAUUCAGCACAUGAUGAGAAUGUUAAUGUGGAGCAAAUCAACUCUGCAGUGAUUCAGGGCUGAAAUUAUUUGCUGGUCAAUAUGACGCUGUAUUUAACACCUAAGCGUGAAACCUAGUUAAAUUCUAGGUACAUUUUACAAGUUUAUUGUUUGGACUUAUUGAGAAUAUGACUGAAUUGGUUGUAGAUUUUGUCAAGACUGGUUAAACUGCAGAUGUUCCGGACUGAAAAAGCACGAGAACACCAUAACUCUGUCUAGAUUCUGUCUAGAACAGUGUUCAGUGUCCUGUGGUGGAAAGUGCACAACGUGGAAACACAGAACUAUAGCCAGAGGCUAUAUCCUACAACACACACCUCUCUGUUCAAGCUUACUUGUCAUUUGUUCAAUUAAAUUUUCAA